AUGAAUCCCACUGCAGAUUGGGAAAAGCUGGGGGAAAGGUACUAUCGCAAGGUCCAGCUCUACACUGAAGUGUUUGACCAGGAUCUUGAGCUUGAGAAUCACAUUGUGACAGGAGCCCCUUAUGGCGGAGCUAUAGCUCUAUACCAUGAUGAGGCAAAAUUGCAUACUUUCCGUGGCAGUCAAGCUUCCAAAUCAAGCAUUGAUGUGUGUAGUUGUGCCGGAAAGCUCAUUAGGCGUAUCAACUGGGACAAAGGUUCCAUCAAAGGCCUCGGGUGGUCGGAGGAUGAGAAACUAUUAGUAGUUACCCAGGAUGGAACGGUUCGCUGUUACUACAACUUACAAGGCGACUUCUCUCAGUUUUCUUUGGGUCACGGGGCGGAAGAAUUUGGUGUAAUUGCUUGCCGGUUCUAUUCCACCGGGUUCGUGGCUCUUCUAUCAAACAAUCGUCUAAUCUCUGUCUCUCGUUAUGAGGAGCCACGGCCGAAACUCUUGGCCGUACCACCUGACGGUGUCGUCCACUCUUGGACCCUAGUACCACCGGCAUAUACGCUGUCUCGCUCAGUAGAAGUUUUACUGGCUAUAGGCGAAACGAUAUAUGUGGUGGAUGCCACUGAAUCUGAUGAUCGAAUGCUUGAUAUUGGUCCAUUUAUCCAUAUAAGCGUAUCACCAAACGGAAAGUUUGCAGCCUUAUACACAGAAAGCGGCAAGGCAUACGUUAUCACUAGCGAUUUCCAAAACCGAUUGAGUGAGCAUGACUCGAAAGCAAAGACACUUCCAGUGGAUCUUCUGUGGUGCGGGAAUGACGCGGUAGUAAUUGCUUGGGAAGACGAAGUCCACCUGAUAGGGCCAAACGGCUCAGCUGCAAAGUUUUUUUACGACGGCCGUGUUCACGCAAUAGCUGACCACGACGGUGUUCGUUUGAUAACCAACGAUGUAUGCGAUUUCCUCCAGAAAGUACCUGAAGUUACAGACGAGGUUUUCCGAUUUGGAACUGUAUCCCCCGCGUCAAUCUUACUCGACGCCGUCCAACAAUUAGAAAACGAAUCACCAAAAGCAGACGACAAUAUACAACUUAUUAAGCCCAAUCUUGUAGAGGCUGUCGAUGCAUGCGUUAAAGCUUCUGGGCAUGAAUUUAGCAUUCACUGGCAAAAGCAGCUUUUACGGGCUGCGUCGUUUGGAAAAUCAGUCGUCGAUAUUUACAACUCUGAUGAAUUCGUCGAAAUGUGCGAGAUCCUCCGCGUCCUUAACGCUGUACGAUUCUACUCGGUGGGGCUUCCAUUAUCCUAUGAACAGUUUAUCCGCCUUACGCCCGAGAAACUUAUUGAGCGACUCAUCAAUCGCCGAGAGUACCUUCUAGCAUUACGUAUAUCGUCGUACCUUCGUCUCCCCACCGACCGUAUCUACGUCCAUUGGGCGAGCCAAAAAGUCCGCGUAUCCUCCGAAGACGAAGCUAUCAUCUGCCGCCUCAUCGUGGAGAAGCUGGCCAAUAAGCGCGGCAUCUCGUUCGAAGAGAUCGCACGCGCUGCCUAUGAUGAGGGUCGGGGCCGUCUUGCUACAGAAUUACUCAAUUACGAGCCACGCGCUGGCAAGCAAGUCCCUCUUCUUCUCAGCAUGGAAGAAGACGAAAUCGCACUCGACAAGGCGAUCGAAAGCGGUGAUUCGGACCUGAUAUUCUUUGUCCUCCUCCAGCUUAAGAAUAAGCUGCCACUAGCUUCUUUCUUCCGUGUGAUCAGUUCUCGGCCAAUAGCAACCGCGUUGAUUGAGAGCUCCGCAAAAGGAGACGACAUGGAACUACUAAAGGACCUGUACUAUCAAGAUGACCGUCGGACCGAUGGCGCGCACGUCUUUGUUCAUGAUGCUCUCGCUCAGCGUGACGCACGAGGGGCUAUUGAUAAGCUUACCCUGGCUGGCAAGUUGUUGAGUGACUCCAAGGACACGGUAUUCGAUCUCAAGUCUAUACAAGAGGCACAGACUCUUUUGAAGAUGCAGGAGGCAUUCGACCGUGACCUUGAAGAGACUUAUACUGGGAUAUCAGUCAACGAGACCGUAUUUAGACUGCUACGGUCCGGUUAUUCCAGCCGCGCAAAGAAGGUGCAGGCUGAAUUUAAAUUGGGCGAGAAGACGUUCUGGUGGAUAAGGCUGCGUGCACAUAUCGCUUCCCGUGCAUGGUCGGAAAUCGAGACCCUUUCAAGCACUCGGAAAUCACCAAUUGGAUGGACACCAUUCUUCAACUCUCUACUGUCGGCUGGAAAUCCGAAGUUGGCAUCUGUUUUUAUCCCAAAGUGCACGGGGAUAACUGGUGCAGAACGUGUGGAGAUGUGGACAAAGUGUGGUAUGAUUAAGCAAGCAGCAGAAGAAGCGUUUAAGGCGAAAGACUUGAAGGUAUUGGAGGAGCUGCGGGGAAAGGCGAGUAGGCCAGGCGAUGCCACAGAAGUAGAGCGACUGAUUGCCCAAUUAAAGAGGUGA